AAUAUAAUAAUGUAAAGCGUCUGACCCUUUCCGUGGUACAUCACUCAUACUUUUAGGUAUGACCCUUACAUUCUACGCGACAGGUCGACCCCUAGGACUCUAUACGCCGCGAUAGAGCUUCAUCGGUUGAAGAGAUGGCCCCGCUCGUCAAUGUACUAUCCCUCCAUGUCCCCCUUCUUCCGACGACGAGGAACAUGAUUACGCUUCCGUUAUUAAAAACGAUUGGUCGUACUGCAAUACUCACCAACGUUGCACACGGCGGUGUGGUUAACGAAGAGGACCUGCGGACAGCGCUAAGGGAGAAUGUAAUCGCAUUUGCGGGGUGGACGCCUAGGUAAACGAACCACCCACUAGGGAGGUUUAUGGUGGUAUUUUGGAUUUACAGAAUCUAGUCAUGAGUCCACAUGUAGGUGGCUCUCCAGCAGAAGUGCAAACUGCCACUUGCAUAAGUAUGGUUGAUCAUAUGAAGGAGUUGAUCGGUAGAAGGUCUCCUAGGGAUAGAGUAGCACAGUAGACGAGCUGGC